GUACGUCAGAGUGGGAUUAAGGGAUGUGGGUUGGCCCUGUAAUAUCCGAGGCUAUCCUCCAACUCUAAUUCAAUAGGAGCUCAGCUGCGCUGUCGGUCUGUCGGCGUCGAGAACGGGCUGACCAUUUCAGGGAGAGCCGUGCACACAGCUGAGACGGUUUAUCGGAACAGCGGACACGAUUCAGGCAGAGACAUUUUAACAUAACCUACACAUGAAGGCAAAUAUGGAAGAAAUCCCCUAAAUUUUGGAUUCCCAGAGCUCGUCUUUUUUUCUCCCUGGAGCGCAUGUCUUGAUUCUGCCGACUAAUGAGUGAAAAGCAAAAAGAAAUCAAACACCGACCUUGCCACGGAUGAGAGCGUAGUGAUGCUGUGAUAACUGUGACUGAACAGACAGUAGGGAAAAAAAAUCCGCGAGCAGCGACAGGGAGAAGUUGUGCGGGAUAUUGUGGUCAGAUGAGGCAGAUGUUAGUUUGCUGAGGAGGUUGAUAGAUCCCGAGGACCGCGCAGACCACCCUCACAUUAUGGUCCCCGGGGCCCCCAGCACGACCACCACCAUGCUCCCCGCAUCCGAGGCUGCCAAGAUCUACCAGACCAACUACGUGCGCAACUCCCGCGCCAUCGGCGUCCUAUGGGCCAUCUUCACCAUCCUCUUCGCCAUCGUCAACGUGGUGUGCUUCAUCCAGCCGUACUGGAUCGGGGAUGGCGUGGAUACGCCGCAGGCGGGCUACUUCGGUCUGUUCCACUACUGCAUUGGAAACGGGCUGUCCCGGGACUUGACCUGUCAGGGCAGCUUCACCGAGUUCAGCAGCAUCCCCUCCGGUGCGUUCAAAGCUGCCUCCUUCUUCAUCGGCAUGUCCAUGGCGCUGGUGCUCACCUGCAUCACCUGCUUCGCGCUCUUCUUCUUCUGUAGCACCGGCACCGUGUACAAGAUCUGCGGCUGGAUGCAGCUGGCUGCAGGUACGUGUCUGAUUCUGGGCUGCAUGAUCUACCCAGAUGGCUGGGACAGCGACGAGGUGAAAAGGAUGUGUGGCGAACAGACGGAUAAGUACACACUAGGCGCCUGCUCGGUGCGCUGGGCCUACAUCCUGGCCAUCAUGGGCAUCCUGGAUGCUCUCAUCCUCGCCUUUCUGGCCUUCGUCUUAGGAAACCGCCAGGACAGUCUGAUGUCUGAGGAGCUGCUAGGAGACAAGAGCGGUAAUAAUGCCAUAUAACGUCUGCUGAUGCCAUUGCAGCAACACACACACAGUGUCUGCAGGUCUUACCACCUAGAUGUAAAGUCACUUCAGGAUCCAGCUUUCCUCUCCUAGUCAACCUUGGAGCUUGGAUGCAGAACUGAUGAGUGGAGAAUCAACAUCAAAGAAGAAGAAGGACAGGAGGAAGUCUGGAAGAAGCCACACAACCUCAUUAUGGAGACUAGGAGACCUUUUGUCCUCCCUGGAAGCUCUUUCUGUAAAAUAGUCCUCAGUUGCAUCUCAAACUGCUAAUUUUUGCAGGAUAAAUACUUUAAAAGACUUUGCCUGUCUUGGUAGGUUCAUCAUCACACCUGAGCUGUUCUGGAGGCGAGGAUUGCAGGAGUGCAGAGGUUCAGCUGAAAAAUAAAAUUAAACAAAGUGUGAAAGACAUGGCACAUCAGCUCCAGGACACAGUUUGGACAAAUACCACAGAGUGGCAUCCGCUCAAAUCGAAUUAAAUCAGAACGCAUUAACAAGACUUUGACCGACACAAAUAAGGUCUUAACAGACUUGAGGUCAAGGCUGUCAGAUCUUCUUUCUUAUCACGUCAACAAACUUCCUGCAAAGGACUCCAGCUUCGACACAGUUUGACCUUUUAAUUUAAACACGAGCAUUGUCUGCAGAGAUGUGAGGGACUGGAGAGAAUGACAGGCUGGAUAAGCGAGCAGGAAGAACACAGCUGUUUUCUUAUAAUUAAAUGUUUGAUGUGAUAGAAUCAAAUGGUAGUAAUUAGAAGUUUUUACUGGUGAGGACUGUGCAAAAACAGAGUAAAAUAUAAGAGUACUAAAAGGGCGAAAACAUUGGUUAUAUAAAGUCUAUAAUCUGUGUAUAGCUGUAUGUUGAUUGUGUCCCUGUGCUUUGUCUUAACUUUAAAUUGUACAUUUUGAAAUGUCAUUUUAUUGUACCAUUAACAGUAUGUGCCAUAGAGUAUCUUGUAAUCUAGCAGUAUUGUGAGGAACUAAAAAGGGAGUAAGUGCUGGACUCGAACUGUG